AAAGUCUUUGCUCUUAUUAUUUAGUUUGUAAUAAAAGCUAUUUAUUUUUAAACCAUUAUUAAGUUAGGGAUUGGUUCGAAAAUGACAAUUGUUUUGGAAGAAAAGAAAUCGUUGUAUUAUCCGCCGCUUCAUCCACAAAGACGAUGACUGCUACCAGUAUUCGUAGUUGAUCGAUCGCACUUUCCUUCUUCUUUUUCAGAUUACAACAGAAAUGGAAGACAACCCAAAAUUUGUUGCCAUGAAAGAAGACGAGAACAACCCAAAAUCCCCCUUUCCCUGGUUCUCUUUUCUUCCCAAGUUCGACUUCCGAUUGCCUUUCCCGGUCAACGGCGGCAAGAAACUGCCGCCUGUGGUGGUUGAUGAAACUCGAAAGGCUGACAUUGAUGCUCAGAAGCCGGAGUUUGUGAGGUUUCCUAAAGCAGAGUUACCCGUCGCUUCGGUGGAGGCUGAAGCCGAUGUUUCCGGGAAGACUUCCAAUCCAGCGGUCGUCUGGCAGGUAUAUGCCCUGGGUGGGUUUCUAAUAUUGAGUUGGGCAUGGGCAAGAUGGAAGGAGAGAAGGCCCCAAAGACGUUCAAAUGAUGAUGAUGAGGACGAGGACUCCGGUGAUACAUAGUUAUGUGUUUGCCUUUGAACUGCCCCAAUAAAUGUUGAAGUUAAAAUUCUUAAUGCUAGAACCAAUCUUGAGUUUAUACCGUUUAUUUGUAAUUUCAAGUUCAAUCCGUCAUUUCCUAA